AAGGAGUGAUGUGUUGGCUGCCCUUUGUUCUGUAGACAUUCCCAAAUAGUUAGAUCAGGCCUUUAUAGUGUACAAUUCUUUCCACAGAAAUUUGAAACCCAUCAAAACAUUUGCAUUUCUUCAAGUAAAAGAUGAACCACCACUUUAGGGUCACUUCAUUUAUUUGUCUUAAUAUUUUUUUGUUCAGUUUAGGAGAGACUGUCAUAAAUAAUGGCGAACCUUGUUCACCUAAGGACACAAGGAAUGGUGGAGCUGUGGAGGAACCACUCCAGGCAGAAGAGAAUAAAUCUGCAGAUAUUUCAAAACAAAAAGAACAAUGCCUUGUACCAUGUGAUGCUCAAGCUAAAAUUUUACAAGGGGACAAACAUUACAUGUGCAGAAAUUUGCAGAACUCUCUUGCUGAAUAUGCCAGAAGCACAAAAAAACUUGUAAGAGACAUGAUGGAUGAUCAACAGUCUUCACUGGAUUACCUUUCUAAUCAGGUGAAUGAACUCAUGAACAAAAUUGUUCUUUUGAACACAGUAAUUUUGAGAAAACAUUUAGAUCCACUUCCUUACAAAGCAGUUCAAUCUCAUGGUUUGGACUGCACUCAUAUUAAAGAUACUGUUGGUUCCAUUUCAAAAACUCCAAGUGGUCUGUACAUUAUCCAUCCAGAAGGAUCAAAUUAUCCUUUUGAGGUUUUGUGUGACAUGGAUUUUCGAGGAGGUGGAUGGACUGUGGUUCAGAAAAGAACUGAUGGAAUCGUUAAGUUUCAGAGAACAUGGUCUGAAUAUCUGGAUGGAUUUGGUGACCUUACUGGAGAAUUUUGGCUUGGACUGAGGAAGAUUUUUGACAUAGUGAAUCAAAAAGCCACUCAUUUCAGUCUUUAUGUGGAUUUGGAAUCAGAAAAUGACAAACGUGCUUAUGCAUCAUAUGAUGGAUUUUGGAUAGAGGAUGAAGCAUGUUCUUUUAAGAUCCAUUUGGGGCAUUAUUCAGGAAAUGCUGGUGAUGCAUUUAGAGGAUAUAGAAGAGAAGAUAACCAAAAUUCCAUGCCUUUCAGCACUUUUGAUGUUGAUAAUGAUGGAUGCAGGCCAAUGUGCACUAUUAAAGGACAGCCAGUAAAGAGCUGCAGUAACUUCAGUGACAACACUGGAUGGUGGUUCAACAAGUGUGGCCUUGCAAAUCUUAAUGGUGUUCAUCGCUACACAGGUAGAUUCCUUGCAACUGGGAUUCACUGGGAUACAUGGACAAUGAACAAAAAACCAGUCAAAAUUAAAUCAGUUUCAAUGAAAAUUCGGAGAACCAAUUUUCCAUAUUUCCAUUAACAUAUGAAAACAGAAACAUAUCUCUCCUUGCAAUUAUGUGGAAUGAUGUAUCACAACACUCAUAAAUACCUUUCAUGUUCACUUGAACAGUUCAGUCCUAAAACUUCAUUAGAUACUUCUGUAAUACAAUUACUCAUUUUUAUUGUGAAACAUCAGCAUUUAUAGUGCUCCAGCUUGAGAAAGACCUGAGAAAAACUGGGUUUUCAGAAAAAGGAUUAAGCUGAGUGUUUGUCAGCUUUUAUUCAACUGCUUCUAAGAAAAUCUCAGAACCAGCAGAAAAAUCCAUAAAAAGAAAUGUAAUGCCGAUUUUUGAAUGUGCUCUUUCUAUUCUCUCCACAUAUAUAAACACAGAAGAAGUCUCAGCAAAUUUUAUUUUAAAAAAAGUACCAUUUUUAUCAUAAUAUUUUGGAAAAAUACUUAAUCUUAAAUUAAAUUUUCAGGAUGUUUUUCUUUCUAUAUUCCUUAUCAGGCAAGAGAACAAUUGUUUCAAUGUAUAAAUAAAGUUUUGUAUACCAUCAGGGCCCAACUUUUAUACAAGUAAGGCUGAUAGUGACAUUCAAGAACUAUGACUAAUUUUAUAUUUAAUUUUCACAGUCAAUGUAUUUCAUAAUCCAUUUUUGACUCUACCAUUGUCUAUUUCACAAUUGACUACAAAUGAAAAAAUUUUUUCAAAGAAAACUUACAGCUUUUCAUAUAACCUUUGCAGUUUUAAUUUUUUGAUAUAUAGGCCUGAUCUUAUGUUUUUCAUUCUUAGUGGCUUUCACUUUGUGAACGAUCAUGUGGUAAUGAAUAAAACCAACUUAAGUUGUGUGAGCGCAUUUAAAACUAAGGAUUGUGAUUCUUUGAAUUUCUGUCAGUAAAAAUACAAUAAUAGCAAUAAAAAUGUGAAUAUUGUCAGUACAGUGUUUCUGGAACUUGGCAUGAAAUCUGUAGCAGCUAGGCAUGGUAUUUCUCAUCUUUGCUUCAGUUUCAGCUCUGUAGUAGCAUGUGGGAUGAAAAUAGUUAAAAACUCCAUUAAAUUUC